AUGGCGAUCUCAGCAGAGCUGAAGGCAGAGAUCAUGGCGCUGUUGGAGAAAGCGAAAGGCGGGGAGAAACUGGUGAGCAUGAUUGACAAGAUCCUCGCCCUUCUCAAGAAAAGUGGUUUGGCCUGGUCGCAGAAGCUUCUGCCUCACCAGGUAGGCUGCCAUCCUCGCAACAGAGACGGACUUGGCAUCUCCACAUCAGAAGUUCACGGUCUCAUCACAGACAUCGUGCAAGUAGGAUUUUCUCCAGAUGAAGUUCGCUGCAUUUGCUUCGAAACGGAUCCAUCCAAGACAGAGGUUGUGGACUUCAACCGCCGGCUGCACAAAGAAAGUGCAGGGAAGCUAGCAAGUCUCAACACCGAGUUGAUCAGGUAUGCGAGCGUCUCAGGCUCUCACCUGAACGCUGGGUUGAAUUGCUGGAUCCAUGGUGUCAUGCACGACAACCCAGCAUGCACAGGCCCAGAUGGGAAACUGUCACUGGCAAAAUUGUCAGAGAUGGACAAGGCCUAUCAUGCAGCCUGCACAGAGGGCCUGCCAUGGCUGGUGGUUAGCAGCCAAGUUGAUCAGGAGUUUCCUGAGCUCCCGCACCUACUGCAAUCUUCCAUGAACGUGGCCUCACAUCUGAGCCGUUCGGAGUCAGAGCUCCAGCUCCUCCGGAAGAUUUGGGCUGCUGUGGUUGCUCAGAUGGGCCAAGGCAAGACGGUCAUCACGUGGAACGAUGUGAAGACUGCUGUGCUGAGAUCCAAGCCAACGUUGGCUAUGACAUGCCCCAUGAUGUUUGGGUUCGUGCUGAAGUUUUCCGGCGGUGUUUCUGGCCAUUUGAUGGACGAAACGGAAAGCUUCAUUCGUGCACAUGGGCAUGCUCGAAGGAGUCUGGGGCCAGAUGUCUUUGCAGCUCUUAGCCAGGACUUGAAGGGCACUGAGCAGUAUGCCAAGUAUCGCCACUGUGUUUUGAGGGCUCUCUACAUGGUGCCGGACAAGGUUCUUGGUAUCGGUGACGUCCGCAAAGCAUUGGCACAGAAUAUGACUCCUGGCAUGAAGGAUGCUGAGGCUGCCAUGACAUUGGCUGAGCAGCUCUGCACCGCACACCAGCUCGGAGACUCCGACAAAUUGCAUGCAAUUGGCCUCAUGUCAGUGAACCUUGUGUUGGCAACCAUCAAGAAGGUUCACAAGGAUCUCCCAAAACUGCAGUCUGUCAGUGACGCAGGACAAGCCUGCCGCUUCAAAGGCGAAAAUGCCAAAAUCAACAGCGUUCCUAGGCUGCGAGCAUUGGACUCCAGCGGCAAAUCCGCCGAUGCGGCAUUGUUGAAGGACGCAGGCUUUGCAGUCGGCAUGCAGGUGAAGAGAAAGUUGGAUGGCAUGGAGGGAACCAUCAAGCAGAUGACCCCAAACAAUGUGUUGCUUCUGGUUGGGGGCGUUGAGAAGUCCGCAUCCGCAGAAUCUUUCUUGAAACAUGAAUGGAAAGAAGUGCCUGUCAAAGCUGACCCUGUGAAGAUUGAAAACUGGAGUCAGCAUUCCCCGGAAACCAACAAGUAUUUCUAUGUUCAAGUUUUGAACGGCCAGAUUCUCAAGGAGAUGUUCGCGAAGGUGAAGGGGCAAGCAUCCCUAUCUCUUGAGGUUUACUCCAAACCGAAGAAUGUCAUUGUAACAAAGGAUUACAAGACUGGUCAGUUGAAAAUCCCAAUCAGCACCAUGCGGGUUGACAUCAGAGGUGAUGACAAGGAUGGUGAUGUUUGGAAGAUCUAUUUGAUGCCAUACGUCACAGAGACCUUCGUCGCGCCGUGCUGGCACAUCAAGGUUGAGCACGAAAAGAAGGAUUGCAAUCUGGUCUUGUCGCAGGACCUGAGUAAACAAGAUGUGACCUUAGGUGGCCGGGUCGAAAUUCCUUUCCUCCAGAACAGUUGCCCAGUGACAAAGGGAACAUCACUGGUUUUGUACAGGCCGAAGCCACCACAGGUCACAGCACAAGUGGAGGAGUUGAAAGAUGUCAAGAGACGUAAGACAAGCAAAGCCGCAGAGUAG